AAGCAAGCUGGCUCAAGACUUGUUUGCGUUGAAAGUUGAUAGCGGUCUGAUUCACCGUCAUGACAUCAGGCUUUGCGGCGUUUGCUCGGUCAGAGUGGAAUGACCAUGUGUCGUAUGCGGUGCAGCAUGGCGAGGUUCAGUGGCUGUAUUUCCACGAGUCUCCUCUUGAGGCUGUCUAUCAGAGAUUCAAGACUACGCGGCGCUCCCUUGGCUACGCCACCAGCGAUCCUGUCAUCCCAUCGAAAGGGAUGAUGGCAAGGCGGAUGAGUGGGGCUGAAGCUCACUUGCUUGGGUCAAAGGAGUUUGCGAUUCUUCAGUUGGACGUGGACAUGCAGCGGUUGUUCGAGCGAGGCCUGUUGGAGUUCAAGCCUGGUUGCAAGUUCUGCUGCCUACUCGAUCGCAACAUCUUGCGCGAAGCGACCCUCUCCUUUUCUACUAUCAGCGUCAAGAUUUCGGAAGAGGGCGACGCUGCGGCUGAGGCAUGUCCGCUUGCAGGCAAAUGGGUCUUCUUCAGUCCGCAGAAUGCACACGAGCUCGCCACGAAGAUUUUGCUCAAAAAUCUCGUUUCCAAGGUGAAGUCCUUGCCGGAUGAGCCGCAUUGCUACUUCUCGGACUUGCACUUGUGCGUGUAUGCAGCCUGGCUGGCUGGUGGCAAUAAAGGAAGCGACAUCAAGAUCGAGCGCGUUGCUGCCAAUGAUCUUCCGCAAGGUUUUGCUCCUGGUCAUCUCAUGUCACGGGAGGAAUUGAUGCACCAUGGACCUUGGAGAUCUCUUCGGGAGGACGCGCCCGUUACCUGAAUAGCAAGCUUGAACCACAGGCCAAGCCACGACCGACAUUCAACGCAGACAGUGUGAAAAAGAGUGGUGGUGCGCGGAUAUUAGGGCAAAGCAACCGAGUUGUUCCCGCAUGCUUUUAGCUAAUCUUUGCU